AUGUCACAAGUAUCCUCAGCGACUGAUGCGACACAGAAACCCUUUACCGACCUCAAAUCCAAGAACGAGGAGAUAAGACACCGAGCGGCACUCGAACUAUACGACAAUAUUGUUUCUGCUUCUAGAGAGCUCCCGCAGGACAAAUUUUUGGAGUAUUACAACACUGUCAGCUCUCGAAUAGCACAACUUGUUGUCACAGGCAGUGACGCCAACGAGAAAAUCGGCGGACUACUCGCGCUUGACAGGCUAAUUGAUUUUGAUGGUGUUGAUGCCGCCCUAAAGACCACCCGGUUUUCCGGCUACCUGCGGAGUGCGUUGAGAAGCAAUGAUAACACGGUCCUACUUUAUGCGGCGACAUCUUUGGGCCGUUUGGCGAAACCGGGCGGCGCAUUGACUGCUGAAUUAGUGGAGAGUGAAAUACAGUCGGCUCUGGAGUCAUUACAAUCAGAGAGACAGGAAAAUAGACGCUUUGCUGCUGUGCUUAUCAUCAGGGAACUCGCCAAAGGCUCUCCAACGCUGCUUUACGGAUUUGUUGCACAAAUAUUGGAACUUGUCUGGGUAGCUCUUCGAGAUCCGAAGGUUCUUAUUCGAGAGACGGCCGCUGACGCUAUCAGUGAGUGCUUUGAGAUUAUUUCUGCUCGUGAAAGCCAGGUUCGACAUCAGUGGUUUGCGGGAAUUUACGACCAGACAUUGCUUGGUCUUAGGUCAAACAAUAAUGAUUGGAUUCAUGGCUCUCUCCUCGCUCUUCGAGAGUUGCUUCACAAGGGAGCAAUGUUUAUGAACGAGCAUUACCGCGCUGCUUGUGAAAUAGUGAUUCGAUUAAAAGAUCACCGCGAUACCAAAAUUCGAAUGCAAGUUGUCGCCACAAUUCCAGUUCUUGCUUCCUAUGCUCCCCUAGACUUCACCAAUACGUACCUUAACCGAUUCAUGAUAUAUUUGCAAGCCCAAUUGAAACGGGACAAGGAGCGAAAUGCAGCUUUUAUUGCUAUUGGUCAGAUUUCGAGCGCCGUAGGAAAUGCUAUCGGCCAGUUCCUUGAUGGGAUUAUUGUGUAUAUUCGCGAGGGUUUGACUCUGAAGGCGCGUAAUCGCGCGGCGGUGAAUGAGGCUCCUAUGCUAGAAUGCUUAAGCAUGCUCAGUUUGGCUGUAGGCCAAACAUUGAGCAAGUAUAUGGAAUCUCUACUUGACCCUAUUUUUGCUUGCGGUCUGAGCAAGGCUCUUACUCAAGCCCUCGUGGAUAUGGCACAUUAUAUUCCGCCUGUGCGCGCUACAAUACAAGAAAAGCUACUCGACAUGCUGAGCUUGGUGUUAUGCGGACGGCCGUUCUUACCACUCGGCUGUCCCGACAAUCGUCUCUUGCCAAUGCCAUCUUUUGUCAAAGACUCAGCACCACAGCCACAAGAGGCUACGGAUACUGAAAUUACACUCGCCCUACUCACUCUGGGCAGCUUCGACUUUUCUGGUCACAUAUUAAACGAAUUUGUCCGUGAUGUGGCCAUAAAAUACGUUGAAAAUGAUAACCCUGAAAUUCGCAAAGCCUCUGCCCUUACUUGCUGCCAAUUAUUUGUCCAUGACCCUAUUUUGAACCAGACAAGCAGCCAUUCACUUCAAGUUGUUAGCCAGGUCAUUGACAAGCUCUUGUCCGUGGGUGUUGGAGACCCUGAGCCGGAAAUCCGGUGCACCGUAUUGCAAUCUCUUGAUCGAAAAUUUGACCGCCACUUAGCGAAACCUGAAAAUGUCCGGUGUCUUUUUCUUGCUGUCAAUGAUGAGGUAUUUGCCGUCCGUGAAGCAGCAAUUAGCAUUAUUGGCCGCCUCUCGAAUGUCAACCCUGCUUAUGUCUUCCCACCACUACGAAAAUUGCUCGUCAACCUUCUGACAGGACUCAGUUUUGCUACUACACCUAGGCAAAAGGAGGAAAGUGCUCAAUUGAUCAGUCUAUUUGUUUCCAAUGCUACUAAACUAGUGCGCUCUUAUGUUGAUCCAAUGGUCACAACUCUGUUACCAAAAACAACGGAUGUAAAUCCUGCUGUUUCUGCCACCACAAUUAAGGCAAUUGGGGAGCUUGCAACAAUUGGUGGUGAUGACAUGAAACAGUAUUUGCCACAAAUUAUGCCAAUUAUUUUGGAAGCACUGCAAGAUCUUUCAUCUCCACCAAAAAGAGAGGCGGCUUUGCGGACCCUGGGUCAGCUUGCUAGCAAUGCUGGAUAUGUUAUUGAACCUUACAAAGAAUACCCACAAUUGCUUGCUGUCUUGAUUAAUAUUGUUAAAACAGAGCCGGCUGGAACUUUACGAAAGGAAACGAUCAAACUCAUCGGCACAUUGGGAGCUCUAGAUCCUUAUAGAUAUCAGCAAUUAAGCCAUGACACUCCGGAUGUUCAUCACAUUAAUGAAGUCCAAGCUGUAUCUGAUGUAUCACUAAUUAUGCAGGGGCUAACCCCAUCAAAUGAAGAAUACUAUCCUACCGUGGUGAUAAAUACUCUUCUCCACAAUAUCCUAAAUGAAGCCUCCCUUGCACAAUACCAUUCUGCUGUCAUUGAUGCUAUCGUCACAAUUUUUAAAACCUUAGGUCUGAAAUGCGUUCCAUUUCUUGGUCAAAUUAUUCCAGCUUUCAUUUCUGUGAUUAAAAGCACACCAACAAGCCGUUUGGAGACAUAUUUCAAUCAACUUGCGAUCUUAGUUGCCAUUGUUCGGCAGCAUAUCCGAGCAUUUCUACCGGAUAUAAUCGGAAUAAUUCGUGAGUACUGGGAUGCUUCCUUUCAAGUUCAAGCCACAAUUCUCUCCCUUGUGGAGGCGAUUUCCAAGUCCCUUGAAGGCGAAUUCAAGAAAUACCUAGCUUCACUUAUCCCCUUAAUGCUGAAUACUAUUGAGAAAGAUAAUACCCCUAGGCGCCAACCAUCAGAGAGAAUUUUGCAUAGCUUCCUGGUAUUUGGAUCUAGUGCAGAAGAGUAUAUGCACAGAAUUGUACCAGCGAUCGUCGGAUCCUUUGAUAAGCCGCAGGCACCCCAGAGCAUUAGGAAAUCCGCCAUUGAGACCCUAGCAAAGCUAUCCCGCCAGGUCAAUGUUUCCGAUUUUGCGUCCUUUAUGGUUCAUCCUUUGGCACGAGUCAUUGGCGGGUCCGAUCGCACGCUAAGACAGACUGCUUUGGAUUGCAUUUGCACUUUAAUAUUCCAGCUUGGGCAAGAUUUUACCAAUUAUAUUCCUCUAGUCAAUAAGGUGCUUAAGAAUAAUCAAAUCCAUCAUCACAAUUAUCGUAUUCUCGUGACGAAGCUACAGAAAGGUGAACCCUUACCGCAGGAUCUCAACCCGGAUGAACAAUACGGUUCUUUUGGCGACGACCAGUCCUUCGGAGAAGUCGGUCAAAGAAAGAUCCUUGUGAAUCAGCAGCAUCUAAAGAAUGCCUGGGACGCAACCCAAAAGUCAACUUCCGAAGACUGGCAAGAAUGGAUGCGGCGUUUUAGCGUAGAACUGCUUAAAGAAUCCCCGUCUCAUGCUCUUCGAGCUUGUGCUAGCCUGGCAGGCAUCUACCAGCCCCUAGCAAAAGAUCUAUUCAAUGCCGCUUUUGUAUCAUGCUGGACGGAGCUUUACCACACUUACCAGGAAGAGCUGGUUCACUCUAUCGAUCUUGCACUUACAGCCCGAAAUAUCCCCCCAGAAAUUCUUCAAAUUCUCUUGAAUCUGGCAGAGUUUAUGGAACACGACGACAAGGCCCUUCCGAUUGAUAUCCGCACCCUCGGAAAAUACGCAGGUAAAUGCCACGCCUUUGCCAAGGCCCUGCAUUAUAAGGAACUAGAGUUUGAGCAAGAUCAAAAUUCUGGCGCUGUUGAAGCAUUGAUAAGCAUCAAUAACCAACUACAGCAGUUUGAUGCGGCCAUUGGCAUUCUCCGCAAAGCCCAGGCCUACCGGGAUGUUGAGUUGAAGGAGACAUGGUUUGUAAAGCUUCAGCGUUGGGAGGAAGCUUUGGCUGCCUAUAAACGACGAGAGUUGACCGAUCCCAAUUCAUUCGAAGUCACUAUGGGGAAAAUGCGGUGUUUGCAUGCUCUUGGAGAGUGGAAGAUGCUGUCAGAUUUAGCCCAGGAGAAAUGGAAUCAAGCAUCCAACGACCACCGCAUCGCGAUUGCUCCUCUUGCUGCUGCGGCUGCUUGGGGCCGUGGUCAAUGGGAGCUCAUGGAUUCUUACAUUGGCGUUAUGAAAGACCAGUCUCCUGACCGUUCAUUCUUUGGCGCUAUUCUUUCCCUACAUCGAAAUCAAUUCAAAGAAGCCGCCGAUUACAUAGAGAAAGCCCGCAAUGGCCUCGACACCGAGCUUUCAGCCUUGCUAGGUGAAUCCUAUAACCGUGCUUAUAAUGUCGUUGUUCGUGUUCAGAUGCUUGCUGAGCUUGAAGAGAUAAUAACGUACAAGCAAUGUGUUGGUGAUGCUGAGAGACAAGACGCCAUGAGGCAAACGUGGAACAAACGUCUUUUAGGAUGUCAACAGAAUGUUGAAGUCUGGCAAAGAAUGCUCAAAGUUAGGGCCCUGGUGAUUUCGCCACAGGAAAAUCUAGAUAUGUGGAUUAAAUUUGCGAAUCUUUGUCGCAAAUCCAACCGCAUGGGUCUUGCAGAGCGCUCUCUUAGUUCCCUUGAAACUACAGAGUCUCCCGAAGCUGGGGUUCCUCCUGAAGUCACAUAUGCCCGCCUCAAAUUCGACUGGGCUGCUGGUCACCAACAAGAGGCUCUCCAAGCACUAAAGGAAUUUGCAAGCUCACUGGCAGAUGAAUAUUCAAAAUACAACUCUCUCGUCAAUUCAGUACAGAGACAACAGCAAGCUACUACCGAAGGAAAUCAUCUAGCCAAUGGACAAGUCGAACAUAGAGACACAGAGAUCGCUUCAGCUCGACAGAACCUCGGUGAUAUUACGAAGUUCCGCCGUCUUCUGGCUAAGAGUCAUCUCAAACAAGGGGAAUGGCAAACUGCCCUGCAAAAAGGAGACUGGACGUCUGAUGGCGUUCGAGAUGUUCUCAAUGCCUAUUCUGCGGCUACACAGUAUAACAGGGAAUCCUACAAAGCCUGGCAUGCUUGGGCUCUGGCAAAUUUUGAGGUCUUAACUGCUUUAAGUCCCCAAUCCAGCAGCGAGACGGUAUCAAUACCUCACCAUAUAGUCACCGAGCAUGUCAUACCUGCUAUCCGGGGUUUCUUCCAAUCUAUCGCUUUAUCAUCCUCAAGUGCUUUACAGGACACACUAAGGCUGCUGACGCUUUGGUUUAAUCAUGGUGGAGAUGCAGAAGUUUGCAACGUUGUGACCGACGGGUUUUCGUCCGUCAGUAUUGAUACGUGGCUUGAAGUGACUCCCCAGCUCAUUGCACGUAUUAACCAGCCUAACGCCAGGGUGCGUGCUUCUGUCCAUCGGUUGCUUGCGGAACUAGGCAAGGCUCACCCUCAAGCCCUCGUCUACCCCUUGACUGUUGCAACAAAGUCCAUGGUUGCUCGUCGUUCACAAUCCGCCAUUCACAUAAUGGACAGUUUGCGACAGCAUAGCCCCAAACUUGUUGAGCAAGCGGAAGUUGUUAGUCAUGAGCUAGUGCGGGUUGCUGUUCUUUGGCACGAGCUCUGGUACGAUGGCUUAGAGGAAGCAUCUCGACUAUACUUUGCAAACAAUAAUGUCGAUGGCAUGUUCCAGACGUUGGCACCUUUACACGAUAUGCUAGACAAGGGCGCAGAGACUUUAAGGGAGGUAUCCUUUGCGCAGGCCUUUGGCCGUGACCUCGCAGAAGCGCGACACUUCUGCCUUCUCUAUCGUGAAUCUCAAGAAAUUGGGGACCUUAAUCAAGCAUGGGAUCUUUACUAUACAGUGUUCAAAAAGAUCGACCGGCAGGUCCGGCAGAUGAAGACCCUUGAUCUAAAAUAUGUUUCCCCGAAACUCAAGGACGCGGUGGAUUUGAAUCUUGCUAUGCCAGGCACCUAUCAAAGCGGGCGGCCAGUGAUCCGGAUACUAACAUUUGAUCCCGUGUUGAUCGCGGUUAUAACUAAGAAAAAGCCACGAAAGAUGAUUGUCAAGGGCAGUGACGGUAACUCUUAUAUGUAUGCGCUCAAAGGUCACGAGGACAUUCGUCAAGAUGAGAGAGUUAUGCAGCUUUUUGGCCUAGUCAAUACACUUUUGGAGAAAGACAGUGAAUGCUACAAACGACACUUGACAAUCCAACGGUUCCCUGCCAUACCUUUAUCUCAGAAUUCUGGCUUGCUAGGCUGGGUUACCAACACCGACACACUCCAUACACUGAUCAAGGAGUAUCGGGAAAGCCGGCGAAUCUUACUCAACAUUGAGCAUCGCAUCAUGUUACAGAUGGCUCCAGACUAUGACAGCUUGACACUGAUGCAGAAGGUUGAAGUAUUUGGCUAUGCCAUGGAUAACACAACCGGGAAAGAUCUUUACAGAGUUUUAUGGCUUAAGAGCAAGAGCUCGGAGGCCUGGCUUGAAAGGAGGACCAACUACACUCGGUCGUUAGGUGUUAUGUCGAUGGUUGGAUAUAUUCUUGGUCUAGGCGAUCGGCACCCCUCGAACCUGUUGUUGGAUAGAAUCACGGGUAAAAUCGUACACAUUGACUUCGGCGAUUGUUUUGAAGUAGCCAUGCACCGCGAAAAGUACCCUGAGAAGGUCCCUUUCCGAUUAACCCGCAUGCUCACAUUCGCAAUGGAGGUCAGCAACAUUGAAGGCAGCUACCACAUCACCUGUGAGGCCGUCAUGCGCGUCCUUCGUGAAAACAAGGAAUCGUUGAUGGCGGUACAAGAAGCUUUCAUUCACGAUCCCUUGAUUAACUGGCGACUGGGUGCGCGUGAAUCUCCCGCCCAACCCUCUUUCGCGGACCGCCAUCAAGCCGGCGAGCUCAGCCUUGACCUUCCACUGCAACCCGGAAACUUUUCUCGUCGCCGGCCGUCAAUCUUAGAGGGCGGCAUUCUUGACGCGCAGCAAGGCAUCCCCAACGAGGCUAGAGAUGUGCAGAAUGCGCGAGCGCUACAAGUUCUAGCCCGUGUCAGAGAGAAAUUAACCGGUAGAGACUUCAAGACACACGAAGAACUGAGCGUCAGCGAUCAGCCCUCACUGGCUUCCUCCAAUGCCCUCGCGCCCUCCACAAUGGAUCCGUCUGAGCCCCCAGCCGGCUCUCCCCCCGGCCGCCCCGUACCCCCCCUGCUGAGCCACGCACUCUCGCUCUCGCUCUCCGCAUCUGAAUACAAGCUGCUGCACGAGCGGCUGAUCACACGGUUGCCGCCACGGCUCAAAAACCGCGCCCUCGCGCCCGAGACGUUUACCGCAAUUGCCGGUGCACACCCGCAGUAUACCACGGAAGCGGCGCGAGCGUCGCUGCGUGUGUUCCUGGUCACCGCUGGCGCUGGCAAGCUCGCGGAGGCGCUGGGCGGAUUUUUUCUGAAGGACCUCAAAAAUGUACCCAAGGGCUUCAUUCUGCGCAUAGCCACCAGCCUGUCGCUGUUUUUGCUGGCCCAGCGGCUCUUGUACCGCUUCUUCUCGAGGCUACGCGCGACGCUGCGCUCUGAGAACGCACGCCCGUUCUGUAGGCGCAAUCCGCACAUCGCCGCCGCGCUGGCGUCUAAGUAUACGCCGGCCAUCGGCGCCAGUCUCGCGUGCUUUGUGUUGGGACUGUUCCCCAUUCCCUCCGUCCGCACGACGAUGGCGAUCUAUGCAUCGACGAGGAGCAUGGAGUUUCUGUAUAACGCGCUCUGCGCCAAAGGGUGGUUCCAGAACAAACCAUGGUGGUUUGGGAGCUGGUUGCUGAUGCCGCUAUCGUUCGCGCAGCUUUUUCAUGCGUUUGUGUUUGAUAGGGAGACUGUUCCCGGGUGGCUCGGGACGUUCAUCACCAAAUACUCACAGGGGUAUAUCCAGCAAUGUCCGGAUGGGUUCCCGGCUGAUCUACACUGGCCCGACGGGUAUGAAUCCGUGGACGCUUUGGCGAAAAUUGCAGAAUUGAAAUGGCCUGUCUUUCUCUCGCCCAUCCUCCAUCCACAAAACCCAGCCACACUCCCCACCGCUCUCCAGAGCAUAUCGCCCAUCACCUCUCCAGCACACCCAGCUGUGGCAUCACUAUCGUGCGCGCUGCUCCACCCCAAAACACCCUCCUGCCUCACGGCCUUUCUACAGCAGAACCUCCUCUCGAUUCCCCCAAUCGCGCGCACGGUUAGCAAAGUCCUUCUCGCGCUGUCUUUGUUCGGGUUCAAAACGUUAUUACUUCACCCGCUCUCCUCAAUCAACGUGCUCAGCCGCAAGAUCCUCUCGGUGACGGCGGUCCUCACUGCCUCACUAGGCGCUGCGUGGGGCAGCAUCUGCUUCUUCAACAGCAUCCUACCGCGGUCCAUGCUCCGCACGCAGCGGUUCUACCUCAGCGGGGCACUGGCGGGCGUGCCGUUCAUGUUCUCCGGGGCGCCGGGGGCACGGUCGCACUUCCUAUACUUCUUCCGGCUGGCGGUGAGCUCGGCGUGGCGGGCGGGGGUCAAGCGCGGGCUAUGGCGCGGGUGGACGGGCGGGGAGCUAUGGGUGCUGGCGGUGUCAUGGGCGGUGAUGGGUGCGGUGCUGGAGAAUAACCCGGGCUCGAUGACGGGAUCCGGAUUCCGCAAGGCGAUGGCGUGGAUCCGUGGUGACGGCUUUGUGGAUCUGGCGGAGCCACGGACGAAAAAGAAGAGCCGGAAGGCUACGGAGUAA